UUCUUGAAUUCUUAUUGUUGCUCUGGAAAUUAAACUUAAAUUUCACCGUAAGAUGACAGCUCUAACUCUCUAAGAUAGAUGUGUUCAAAUAAAACAAUCAACACCUUUAUUAAAUAUGAUGUGCAUAUUAAAUCCCUGCAAUCCUGCUAAAAAUAUAUUCAUUCUCCUAUCUUCAGGUAUGUAGAACAAGUUACGAAUCAAUUGUUGUAUUCAUUAUGGACAAAGUGGAUAAUUCUGUACUAGCUAAAGUCGAAGAAGUGGACAUGGAAUUUGAUCACAUGAAAGUCGAAGUGAAGAAAGAGGAAGGAGAUUCGAGAAGCAGGACUGGAGGCUUUGUAUGUCCGACAUGUGGCGAACAAAUUAUCAGUGAAAACUAUUUCAUUGAACAUGUCAGGAAGUUUCAUCAUAACGCUAAAUCCCCAAAACGGGAAUUGGAGGAUAAAUUCUCGAAAGAAUCUACUGAAGUUUCUAGAAAUGAAAACAAUAACUCUAGAUUUGAAGAUGGUAAUUUUGUUGAACAUGAUUAUGAUAACUUUAAAAAAGAGGUGAAGACAGAAGAGGGGGAACCUCAGGACAACAAUAUGGAGAUUCUUUGUCCUGAUUGUGGUGACACAUGUUUGGGAGAAAACACAUUUAUUGAACAUAUUAUCAGGGAGCACCAAAUUGACUAUGAUUCUCAAGAAAUAACAAUUAAUAAACCUCAAAGUAGUUCUGAUGCGAACAUAAAUUCAUCCUCUGGGGAUUUAAAUGCUCAUAAAAUUGAGAAAAAAUCUCAUCUCUCCAGUCAUCUGAGACAGCAUACAAGGGAGAAACCGUUCAAAUGUCCUGAUUGUUCAUAUUCAACUGCUCGUAAAUCAUCCCUCAAUGCUCAUCGGAAAACACACACAGGAGAAAAACCGUUUAAAUGUCCAGAUUGUUCUUAUGCAGUUGCUUAUAAUUCGAACCUUAAAGACCAUCUCAAGACUCACACAGGAGAAAAACCGUUCAAAUGUCCGGAUUGUUUAUACGCUGCUUCUAGAAAAGACACUCUGAAGUUUCAUCAGAAAACUCACCAAAAUGGAAUGUAUUCACAGAUUUUAACUUUAAACUGCCAAAUUUUCACAAUUUAUAAAAUCCUCAUUUAUGUUGGUCCAACAUAAAUGAGGAUUUUAUAAAGACACCAUUAAUUACAUCCAACAUUGUUGGAUGUAAUUAAUGGUGUCUCAUCAUAUGGACACGUUCAUAAAAAGGUGGCACUAGAGAUUGAUUUUUCACUGCCAAAAUUGUGUGAAGCAUUUUA